ACUGUGCAAUGUUUGGAGGAGUUUAUGGUGUGUGCUGAUGUUUGAUGAUUCAAUCAAUAAUAAUUGUUCCAAGUAGGCCUAGAUCUAGAUCUAGAUCUAGAUCUAGACGUCUAGAUUCUAAAUACCGGGACACUUGGGCUUGGGACAGUUCAGUUUGUGAUAGAUCUAGAUCUAGAUCUAGUCUAGAAUCUAGAUCUAGAGAUCUAGAUAUGAUAAAUAUUCUAGAUCUAGAUCUAGUGUGUUAAAACCUGGAAAAAAUUGAUGAAGGACUCAGGCUCAACUUGCCAUCAUAGAUCUGGAUCUAAUUUUACUUUCAAUUUGGUGCAGUGUAGGGUCACUAAGUUUAGUGUAAGACCCUUAGCUAAACUUUUACAGGUGACAGUGCCAAACUAGAUCUAAUCAGGCCUAGAAUCCUCGGUCUAGAUAUAGUGAGAGUCUAGGCUAGAUCUAGGUAGGACUUAAAUUUAAAUUGUUGUAGAUCUACAAGCUUGUGGAAUUUGUGAAUAACAUCCUUAAACUCUGAAUUGACCAAUGGUCGUUGAUUCAGUAGGCGGCAGUUUUGCAAAAGAAAGUAGGCCUAAAGUUGUUUUCUUUUGGACCUUAUUCACUGUUGAGAGCUAGAUCUAGAUCUAGAUCUAGAGUCUAGACUAGCUGUCUUCAAAUUCAAAGGUCGUGUCCACAUUGUAAUUAAAAAUGGCUGACAUUUCCAACUCUGAAAAACAAAUGAUGAAAGUCAAUUUCGAGGAAGACACUGUGAAUAGUCUUUUCUCUGGAGAAGGCAUGAAUCUGAGCAUUGAUGGCAUCGUAUUUCAAGGUGCACCAAGUAAUUCUAGUUCUAGUUCUCAUGCUCUAAGGGAAGAUGUGAAAUGUGAUAUUACAAGUGGAGAAAAUUACUCUGAAGAUAGGAGCAGUUCUCUGUUCUUGUUUGACCUCAAAGAACAAAAACCUGUUGUAAAAGUAAAAGACGUCCAUCUUCCAUUGAUAAAAGAAGAGUCUGGUUUUGAAUGGCCGUAUGAUGUCAAUGUCGAGGGAAAAAACGAACCAGACAUUGAAAACAGAAAUAUGGCAGUAAAAGAUGAGCCUAUUUAUUUGUUUGGGGUGGAGGAAGAGAUAAAACCUGUCAUAGCCAUGAAACCAGAGUGCUUCACAGAUAUUGGUAUGGUAAAAACUGAACCACAUUUUGAAUAUUUUCCUGACAUUGAUGAUGAAGUGAAACCAAAAGUGGAGACUUUUGGGAAAGAGGAAGUGCCUGAAUGGGAGGGUCCAGACUUUGGAGAGAUGGGAAAGACAGAAGGACAAGUGGGAGAUGUGGAGGAGCCCAUGUUCGUUGAGGAUCACAUGAGUCAGGCUGGAGGACUACAGCAGCAAAUCUCCACUGAAAGGGGUUUGUCUAUGGCGCAGAGUUCCAACCCAGACACAGAUGUUGUUGCAUCCACUCACCAAACUUCAACUUUCUCUGCUGAUCCAAUUCUUCUGGAAUGUAAUGUCUCAAAUUCUGGCUUUAGGGUCAAGAAUAAAGAUUCAGGUUUCAACUUUUCUUGUGCUGUGUCUAUUUCUGGUUCUGUAAAUUUUUCUGAGUCUCCUUCUAGUACCACACAGCCAAAAGUGUACAAAGAAACAGAUUCUGGUCAUUCAGAUAAUCCCAGGCUUACAGUUAGGGAAAAUACUUACUCAGAAGAAACACCUCUCCAGUGUAAAGUUUGUGGUGAACAGUUUACACAAAGUGAUAACCUACUGAGACAUAAAGAAAUACACACUGGAAAAAAGCUGUACAAGUGUGAAGUUUGUGGUGCAACAUUUGCAAAGAGUGACAGCCUUCAGAGACAUAAAAGAACACACAUGGGAGAAAAAUCUGACAGUGAAGUUUGUGGUGCGACAUUUGUACAGACGGGUGCCAUGCGGAGACAUAGAAAAAUACACACUGGAGAAAAGUCUUACGAGUGUGAAGUUUGUGGUGUUAUGUUUACUCGAUCCAGUGUCUUAAAGAGUCACCAAAGAGCACACAGAGGAGAAAAACCUUACGAGAGUGAAGUUUGUGGUGAAAAAUUUACGAAAAGUGGAACCCUACUGGGACAUAAGGCACCCCCAGGUAAAAAGGUUUACAAGUGUGAAGUUUGUGGUGCUACUUUUGCACAAAUGGGUGUUCUGCAGAGACACAUGAAAGCUCACGUAAGAGGAAAGCCCUACAAGUGUGAAGUUUGUGGGGUAAUGUUUACAAAAGCGAGUGUCUUGAAGAGUCACCAAAGAAGACACACAAGGGAAAAGCAGUGUGAAGUUGGUGAAAAGUUUACAAAAAGAGGUAAUCUACUGAAACAUAAAAGAACAUAUACAGAAGAAAAACCUUACUUGUGUGAAGUUUGUGGUGAGAGGUUUACAAAAAGUGAUAGCCUACUGAGACAUAAAUUAACACACAGUGGAGAAAAACCUCAAUGUGAAAAUUGUGGUGCGACAUUUGCUGAGAUUGACAGCCUUCACAGACACUUGAAAAAAGCACACACCAAUGAAAAACCUCACAAAUGUGAACUUUGUGGUGCAACAUUUGCAGAGAGUGACAAUCUUCACAGACACAAAAGAACACACUUGGAAAAAAAAUCUUACAAAUGCGAAUUUUGUGGUGCGACAUUUGAACAGAUGGGUGUCCUGCAGAGACACAUGAAAGUACACGUCAGAGGAAGGCGCUUCAAGUGUGAAGUUUGUGGCGCAAUGUUUACACUAGCCUGUGUUUUGAAGAGUCACCGAAGAGCACACACAGGAGAAAGACCUUACGAGUGUGAAGUUUGUGGUGAAAAGUUUACCCAACCCAGUGUCCUGAAGAGUCACCAAAGAUUACACACGGGAGAAAAGCCUUACAAGUGUGAAGUUUGUGGUAAAAGGUUUACACACAGUUCUGGCCUGCUAAUACAUAAGACAACACACACGGAAGAAAAACCUUGGAAGUGUGAAGUUUGUGAUAAAAGGUUUGUAACACGUCGUUGCCUACAGGUUCAUAAAAGGACACACACAAAAGAAAAACCUUACAAGUGUGAAGUUUGUGGUGGAGCAUUUUCACAUCUCUCGACUUUGAAGAGUCACAAAAAAAUUCACACAGGAGAAAAACCCUACAAUUGUGAAAUUUGUAGAAAAGCAUUUAGGGAAAGUAGCUGCCUACAGAAACAUAAAAGAAGAGUACACACAGGAGAAAGGGGUUACAAGUGUGAAGCUUGUGGCAAAAUGUUUUUAUUUGCCAGUGACUUGAAGAGUCACGUACGAACACACACAGGAGAAAAGCCUUACAAUUGUGAAGUUUGUGGUAAAAGGUUUGCACAUAGUAGUGGCCUUUCAGUACAUAAAAGAAUACACACAGGAGAAAAACCUUUCAAGUGCGAAAUUUGUGGUAAAACGUUUAGAGGAGGUGGAAGUCUAGUAAGACAUAAAAUAACACACACAGGAGAAAAACCAUACCAGUGUGAAAUUUGUGGCAAAAGAUUUACAAGAGCUUCUCACCGAGUAGAACAUAUGACGAGAAAACACUGGAGAAAAACCUUGCAAGUGUGAAGUUUGUGGUGAAAGGAUUUUUCACAAAGUGGUAACAUACUUGGUGGUAAAAAACUACCCAAGACCUGACAAGUAUGGAGUUUAUUUAAAGUGAAACAUGUAAAUUUACAAGAAGUUACCUGUACUGGUACAAAAUAACACACAAAGGAGCAAAACCUGACACGUGUGGAGUUUAUG